ACUAUUGUGAUAGGACCCCAGAGACGUACAGCGUGUCCACUGAGAGCCAGAGCCAAGGACGCCACUGCCUGCCCGUCGCUGCCCAUCGUCCUUCCUCAUCAGGUGACCAUGUCUCUUUGGACGAUAGCACUUGCUCUGGGCAUGAUGGGUCAGUCGUGGGCCCAGCGUUCGGAGCCCAUGUUUGCAGCGGUCACUCAGAGUGUUCUGCCCCCUGACUACGAGAACAACCCCACUCAGCUUAACUAUGGCGUGGCCGUCACCGACGUGGAUGGAGAUGGAGAUCUGGAGAUAUUUGUAGCUGGGUACAAUGGGCCAAACCUGGUGCUGAAGUAUGAUAAGAUAAAGAAGAGGCUGGUGAACAUUGCAGUUGACAACCGCAGUUCACCAUACUACGCGCUCAGAGAUCGGCAAGGAAAUGCAAUUGGAGUGACAGCGUGUGACAUAGAUGGUGACGGAAGAGAAGAGAUCUAUGUUCUCAACACCAAUAAUGCUUUCUCAGGUCGAGCAACUUACACGGAUAAGCUUUUCAAGUUUCGCAAUGGACGUUUCGAGGAUCUGCUGAACGAUGAGAUAAAUGAACACAGAGACGUGGCCAAUCGCAUGGCAGGUCGAUCAGUCGCUUGUGUGGACAGAAAGGGAACAGGACGUUAUGCCAUCUACAUUGCCAAUUAUGCCAGUGGCAGCGUGGGGCCACACGCUCUGAUUGAAAUGGACGAGAGUGCCAGUGACCUGUCCAAAGGGAUUGUUGCCCUUUCCAAUGUGGCGGAGCAGGCUGGGGUCAACAAAUUUACAGGGGGACGGGGGGUUGUGGUGGGGCCCAUCCUGAGCCACACCCUCCCCGACAUAUUCUGUGACAAUGAGUACAGCUCCAACUUUCUCUUCCGCAACAACGGAAAUGGGACAUUUACAGAUGUGGCUGCACAGGCAGGAGUUGAGGACCCAAUGCAGCAUGGCCGAGGGGUGGCUUUAGCAGAUUUUAAUCGUGAUGGGAGGACAGAUAUUGUGUAUGGAAACUGGAAUGGGCCACAUCGGCUCUUCCUGCAAUUAAGCAACAACCGCAAACAGAGAUUCAAGGACAUCGCCUCGCAGAAGUUUUCCAUGCCGUCUCCUGUGCGUACGGUCAUUGUGGCAGACUUCGACAACGACAACGAGCUGGAGGUCUUUUUCAACAACAUUGCAUACAGAGGGGCAUCAGCAAACAGGCUAUUUAGGGUGUCCCGAAGAGAACAUGGAGACCCGCAGAUAGAGGAGCUGAAUAUUGGGGAGGCAGCUGAGCCAGAAGGGAGGGGAACAGGAGCUGCCGUGACUGAUUUUGAUGGAGAUGGACAGUUAGAUCUGCUGGUAACGCAUGGAGAGAGUGCAGCCCAGCCCAUCUCUGUGUAUAGAGUCGUCCAGGGAUCAUCUAACAGAUGGCUGCGUGUGAUUCCUCGCACGCAGUUUGGGGCUUUUGCUCGAGGGGCCAAAGUGGUGGUCUACACGAAAAGAAAUGGCGCUCACACACGCAUCAUUGAUGGUGGCUCUGGUUACCUGUGUGAGAUGGAACCCGUAGCUCACUUUGGGCUUGGGAAAGACGUGGCCACCAAUGUGGAGGUGUACUGGCCUGAUGGACGCUCCGUGGCCAGACCAUUGGAGCUCAGUGACCUGAACACAGUAUUGGAGAUCUUUUACCCGAUGGCUGAGGAAGAAGAAACUCCAGCAGUUGAGAUUGAGUGUGGACAUGGAUUUAUUGUCAAUGAAAAUGGCCGUUGCACUGAUCAAGAUGAGUGUACGCAGUUCCCAUCUGUGUGUCCCCCUGAACGUCCUGUCUGUACCAAUACCUAUGGUAGCUUCAAGUGCCGUGCCAACAAGAGGUGUAACCAGGGAUAUGAGCCCAAUGAUGAGGGUACGGCCUGUGUGGCUCAGGUAGCAUACUUUGGUGGUAACAGGUCUUCUGCCUUUAAACUGUGGGCUUCUCACCUCUGGCCACUCUCUCUAACUUUGCUGGCUGUUCAUUUUUCCUGCCUGGAGGCUUGACGACCAGAUACCUCUUCUCUUCCCUCUCACUGUCACUAUCCCUCUCCUGUGCGCUCUCCCUUCUGUGCGCUGGGAGCUGACUAUGAAGGGGACUCUCUCUGGACUCACUCACUCCCUCUGUGGCCCCUGCUGCAUCUCAUUUUCAGCUCUCAUUACUCACAGACCUGUAGAAUAGACACUGAGCAUGCCCACAGGAACCUACAGAAGAUACCUGUUUGAAAAAAAAAAGAAAAAUCACCAUUGUCACAACAGGCAGGCUGUGAAGUGAGAAAGCCAUCGCAUGGAGGAUAAAAUCAACCUCUGACCAAAUAUGGAACAGACAAUUCACCAGUUCCUCCCAUAUUAUUUGGUGUAUCCUUUU